AUGGGUGGUGGAGGUACACUCGUUGAUGGCAUUCGUCGAUUCUUCAAUCGUCGCAAUUCUAUUGACAAUAAUAACAAUGAUUCUAUUCAUUCAAAUGAUCUUAACAAUGCCAACAACAGUCCCUCUUCUUUGAAUCUUCUCAAAGUUCCUAAACGCUCCCAUUUCAAAUCUUCUUCCAUGGAUCGUAUAAAAAAGGGUGCAGGAGAGGUAGAAUUUUUUACCGAGUAUGGAGAGGCAAGUCGUUACCAAGUCCAAGAAGUCGUUGGAAAGGGAAGUUACGGUGUUGUGGUUUCUGCUGUGGAAACUAGUACUGGGGAAAAAGUUGCAAUUAAAAAAAUCAAUGAUGUUUUUGAGCAUGUAUCGGAUGCUACGCGGAUACUAAGAGAAAUUAAACUCCUUCGUUUGCUACGACAUCCCGAUAUAGUAGAAAUUAAACAUAUAAUGCUUCCUCCUUCACGACGAGAGUUCAAGGAUGUCUAUGUUGUGUUUGAGUUGAUGGAGUCGGACCUUCAUCAAGUAAUUAAGGCAAACGACGAUCUUACUCCUGAGCACUAUCAGUUUUUCUUGUACCAACUUCUUCGGGGACUAAAAUAUACGCAUACAGCAAAUGUGUUUCACCGUGAUUUGAAGCCGAAAAAUAUUCUAGCUAAUGCUGAUUGCAAACUAAAAAUAUGUGAUUUUGGGCUUGCUCGAGUUUCAUUUAACGAUGCUCCAUCAGCUAUAUUCUGGACUGACUAUGUUGCGACUCGGUGGUAUCGUGCACCUGAACUAUGUGGUUCUUUUUUCUCAAAAUAUACUCCGGCAAUUGAUAUUUGGAGCAUUGGAUGCAUAUUUGCCGAAAUGCUUAGCGGCAAGCCAUUGUUUCCUGGGAAAAAUGUGGUGCACCAAUUGGAUCUCAUGACAGAUUUGCUUGGUACUCCUCCUGCCGAAUCCAUUUCUAGGAUUCGAAAUGAGAAGGCUAGAAGGUACCUUGGUAGCAUGCGAAAAAAGCAACCAGUUCCAUUCUCUAAAAAAUUUCCAAAUGUAGAUCCGUUGGCUCUUAAUUUGUUGGAGCGUUUACUUGCAUUUGAUCCUAAAGAUCGUCCAACAGCUGAAGAGGCACUAUCUGAUCCUUACUUUCACGGUUUAUCAAAUGUGGACCGGGAACCGUCCACUCAAGCGAUAUCAAAACUUGAGUUUGAAUUUGAGAGAAGAAAAUUGACCAAAGAUGAUGUUAGAGAGCUGAUAUAUCGAGAGAUUUUAGAGUAUCAUCCCCAGAUGCUCCAAGAAUAUCUUAGUGGCGGAGAGCAAACAAGUUUCAUGUAUCCAAGUGGGGUUGAUCGGUUCAAGCGACAGUUUGCACAUCUCGAGGACAAUUACGGGAAAGGUGAACGAGGCACUCCGUUGCUGAGACAACAUGCCUCGUUACCUAGAGAGCGGGUGCCUGCUCCGAAAGAUGAAAAUAGUCAUAACAAUGAUUGUGAAACCCCAUCAAGAAUAAAUCUUCAUAGCCCUUCAGGUUUAACAAAUUCCGGUGACCCAGAUGCACAAAACGGACCGUCACACAGCAUGACAAGAUGUCUGCUAAAGAGUGCUAGCAUUAGCGGUUCAAAAUGUAUAGAUGUCAAACAAAGUAAGAAUCCCGAGGAGGAGACAAUUCCAGAGGACAAUGAUGAAGCGGUGGACGAGUUGUCGGAGAAGGUUGCCACCCUCCUUACUUAG